AUGAAGGAGGAGAUCGCAGCCGCUGUGUUCUUCGUGGCUCGGCUGGUGAAGAGGUAUGGAUGUCUGGACACCGGAGGCAGGAUGAGGUUCGCCACAGCGCUGACCUCUGCCCUGUUCGAGAGCUACAAGAACCACUGGCACCCGAAGGCUCCCAGCAAGGGUCAGGCCUACAGGUGCCUGCGUAUGAAUGGCGUGCGGCGGCAGGACCCGGUGCUGCAGCAGGCCUGUGAGCGCAGCGCCGUGCGGUACCAGGACCUGGGCCUUCCCCACGAGCUGACCGUGUGGGUGGACCCUGGAGAGGUGUCCUGCAGGUACGGUGAACGCAGCUCUCCGUUCUGCGUCUCCGUGGUGGACAGCUGCCGGCGCGAUGGAGGAUUCUCCCGACGUGUCCAUGACGCCGUGGAGCGGGCGAGCCUGGACAUCCCGUCAGGAAGCUCCGACGACGAGGAGGAGGCCGGUGGAGACUUCAGCAUGAGCAGCAGCAGCAUGAGCAACAGCCUGAGCAGCAACAGCCUGAGCAGCUUGAGCAGCGGCAGCAGCAGUUGCGGCAGCGGCAGCGUCCUGUCGGUUCUCUGCCCGGCUCCCAUCCCGGCCAACAACCUUGAACCCAAAACCAUCCCGACUGUCAGCAACCCCAACAGCGUCUACCGGUUCAGCGAGUUCUCUCCCGGCGCCCCUCAGACCUGGGUGAGGGAGAAGAGGAAGGCCUUCGCCGGUGACUCGUACCCUCCUCAUCCUCCUCCCCCUUCUCACCCCCCUCCCCCUCAUCACCCCCCUCCCCCUCAUCACCCCCCUCCCCCUCAUCACCCUCCUCCAACCAGAGGCCCCGGCUCCCACUUCUCCGUCCAGAAAGGCUUCAAGUCCUAUCGAGCCACGUUCACCUUCACCGGGCCUCGGGUGGACAAGUACCACUGGGUCAGCAAGUCUCGGUCCUGA